AAAAAUGUUAAUAAUUUGUUUGAAGUUUAAAGAAAGAAAAGUGGUAUGAUCUUGCUUUACAGCUUUCUUCUCGUCUUUGCAUUAACGAACGACUGAAUUAUUUCGUCUAUAUCAAGAUUCUUUGCCCUGCGUUUUUCAAUGGAUAUAAUAAUUAGAUUUAACAAGCGAUGUUGAGACAAGGUGCAUCUUAGAUAAUUAUUUAAUAAUUUUUAAUUUGGAAAAUGUUUGCUGUGCGUGAGCAUCUGUCGCAAAAAGAGUGAGAAACAAUAUAAAGGCUGUACAAAAAUCAAAAAGUUUGCAGUUAGUAGUAGUUCUCUACUACUAAAAAUUUUGUUAAAUCAUAUACGCGCGGGCGCGGAUUUAAGUUCACCAAGGAAUCAUCAGCUCGCAGAUGUCUUCCUCUAAAAAUUCGUCUCUGCAGCAGGACCUUUGUAAAGCCAGUAACUGUGGCCGGCUUCGUUACGUUGGUACAGUUUCAAUCGAUUUAAUAAACAUAAAUUAUGAACCACCAUUUUGCUACGCUUACACGGAAAGCAUUCUCGAGUCAAUGCCAAGUCAAUGAUGUCCGACUCGCCCAAGUAUCAGGUAGUGCCCGUUGAACAGAAGAACUAUCAAAGCGUAGAAAGCGCGUUUAUGGCUCGAACUGUCGUACCACCAUUGUCUCCACUGAAUAGCGACGCGAAUACGACUAUGGCGAGCGGCAUGGAGAAAAGUCAGAGAAAGAGUGCACCGAUACUUUUGAGUUGGUCCCCUUACGUGCGGUCUUGCUCUAUAUCUGUCCUGGUCCCAAGGAAGAAAGUACAAUUUCAUGACAUGUUAGUUUCCAUUUGUUGCAAAACGUUUCUGAGAAUAAAAAAAUAUAAUAUUUUUUCAGUUUCAUUAAAAUAAUAAUUACUUGAACAUUUUAGAAAUGUAAUUUUAAAAUCCAUAUUUAUUUAUCUUGAGUAAUUGAAUGAUUGUCUUCACUUUGAUCGAAUAUACAUGCGCCAGAUCUCAGCAAAAAAUUCAAAAUGUAUGACAAAUGGAUUGUUAUCGUUUGUAUGUACUGUUGGAUAAGAUUACUUAUAAAACUAUUAUUGCUCUUGAAUUAAAAUAUUAAAAUUUUUGAAUA